AUGCCGACCAAAGCCAUCCCGUCGGCGUUCGACACUUUACCCCCAGUUACAGGGGCUGCGGUCGUGACUGCCUUCGCGAUGUACCCGGUGGAUAUCGUCCGGGCCUUGGUGAUGGCCCAAGCUUCGGGGCAACGCUCGUCCGUGUCGACCUUGGUUAAGAACUUCUAUCAGACUCAUGGCGCAUCCGGCUUCGUCUCAAAAGGGUUGGGUGCAGAGAUGAUGCGUGCAACCUUCUCCAGAGUUAUCAAGUUCUGGCUGCAGCCAAUUUUUCAUCAGAGGGUCUUCAACGCCAAACAGAAGGACGGUACCCCGUUCUCGAAGGGUGUAGCGGGUUCGCUUGCUACCAUACCCGAAGUCAUUGCCAUAUCACCAUUCGAGAAUGCCAAGUUGGCUCAGCAGUUGGAUGCUGAAGGGAAGUUCAAAGGCACUGCUGAUACUAUGAGGCAUCUGGUUCGUACGCGAGGAGCAGUUGGCUUGUAUAUCGGCUAUACGGGUAUGCAACUUCGUCAGAUGCUUUGGACGGGAGGCUACUUUUUCUCAUUGGAUAUAUUCCGCGAACAAACUGAUAAGGUCCUUGGUCGCGGUAAAAUGUCGGACACGGCGAGCGGGUUCUGUGCUGGUGUAUUUGGUACGGCCUUGAACUGUUGGUGUGAUGUGGUUCGUACAGUCAUCCAGAAACAAGCAGUAGCCGAGACUUUCAAUCCCGAGAUAGUCCGUCCCCCGCUCACUCCUGGAUACUUUAUCUCUGGUGUCACCGACAUGUUUAAAACCGCGGCUGAUAUAGCAGCCAAGAGGGGUAUUGCAGGCCUCUAUUCAGGCUUCUUGGUGAAGUCUUGUUAUCUUGGCGGUUCGGGAGCCUUCCUUGCAGUACUCGUACCACGCUUCAAACACAUGUGGGGAUGUCCUCUGGAUUAGUCUAUUUUUGGUAGUCGAUACCGUCAAUCGGUUAGCUCGCGUAGGAGAUCAUAUUAGCGUUUCUG